AUGGACGAGGAUUUAGUAUUUCUGCUAGACAGUCCGAUCCUGAGAUGGGAGAUUUUGAACAUUAGAGAGGGAGUGCACGAAAUAAAUAAAAACCGACAAAUAAAUGGUGAAUUUUUUAAUUUGUAUGAAGAAUUGAGAUUGUACCCUAGAAAAUUCUUUGAGUAUACUCGAAUGUCCGUGGCAACAUUUGAUUACGUCCUGAGUAAAAUAUCUUUUAAAAGUACUAGAGGAGAUACAAAUUUUCGCAAAAGUAUUAGUCGAGAGGAGAAAUUGUUUAUAACUCUGAGGUUUUUGUCAAAAAGAACUGCAUUUAGAGCACUGGCUUAG